UAUCAUGACGCACCAACUUCAGCACAGGCAAAUAAUAUAUACACCUUUCUGAACAAAACAUUGCACCUAAUUAACCAAUCAUUAUUUCCAGCCCCUAAACUAUAAAAGGAAACUCUUUCAUCCUAUUUCUUCACACCACCACCAAGCAACAAUAUAAGCACUAGUGUCUUGUGAGUUGUGACUGGUAAUAUAUUCUUAUAAUUUCAAAACAACACUUCAUAAAAUACCAAAAAUGAAAAAUAUCAUGCAAGAAUCUCUCAUUUCAACCUCAUUCCUUCUCCUUGUGAUUACUUUCUACACCACCAUCUCUUUAGCCCAACUCUCCCCAAUUCAACCUCCAACAACAACAUCAUCAUCACCACCAUUACCAUCAACCACAGCAUCACCACCAUUACCAGCAACAACAGCAACAGCACCAUCACCAGGAUUAAACACAGUUCCACUUGUGCCAACAACACCAACUGGUGCACCAUCACCCCUCAUCCCAAAAGGACCCACCAUUGACAUAAUCAACAUCCUCCAAAAAGCAAAGAGAUUUUCCGUCCUAAUCCGUCUUCUCAAAACAACACAAUUAAUCAACCAACUCAACUCACAGCUAGUAUCAUCAUCAGGUUCAGGUGGUUUAACAAUUUUUGCACCAGAAGACAGUGACUUCUCCAAACUCAAAGCCGGAUUCUUAAACUCUCUAUCUGAUAGACAAAAAGUUGAACUCUUACAGUUUCACACUCUUGCUUCAUUCAUCUCAAUCUCAAAUUUCGAUACCUUAACCAACCCUGUUCAAACACAAGCCGGGGAUGACGCUAGGCUUCAACUUAACGUCACUACUUACGGUGGAAACCAAGUUAGUAUGGCUACUGGAGCCGUUAAUGCUUCCGUUACCGGUACUGUUUAUACCGAUAGUAAACUUGCUAUUUAUCAGGUAGAUAAGGUUCUUCUUCCUCUUGAUCUUGUUCUUCCGGCUAAGGCUCCGGCGUUAGCCCCUGCGCCUGGUAAGGGUUUGCCUAAGGCUGGAAAAACUAAUUCAUCUGCCGUAGAUGAUGGUAGCAGUGCUGGUAGCGAUGAUGGUGAUGGGAAGGAUUUGCCGGCAGAAGCGUCUAAUGCAGGUGUUGUAGUGAUGUGGGUGAAUCUUGUUGUUUUUGGAAUGGCUUUGGUUGGUGGGAUUGUUCUAUAAGGUGGAUGUGGAAUUAUUGAUUUUGUUGUAAUUUUUUAUGUUUUUGUUUUGUUCUGUUUCCUGUGAGUGAUUCUGUUUUCAUUUGAGGUUCUUUUAGUAUUUUUAUGAUUCUUCUUCUAUGUUGUUUUGUUUUGAUAACUUGUAAUUUGUGUUUCUUACAUGGAUUAUUGAAAUCCAAUUUAUACACGACUGUGUUUCUUA